GCAUGUGAAGAAACGACUUCCCACUGCAGCGGUCGAUUCUAAGGAAACUUUUCAUUUUGUGCUUCAAGAAACCUGAUUGCUUCUUGGAUUACUUUUCUACCUUGGUCUAGAAGAUAACUUGAGGAAAAUGGAAACAGAUGAGGCUCAAGAUAUGUCCCAGGUUUCAGGAAAGGAAAGUCCUCCAAUUAGUGAUGUCCCAGAUGAUGCAGAUGAACCUAUGCCUGUACCAGAAGACCUUUCAACUAGUACUGGAGGCCAACAGAGUGCUAAGAAUGAGAGAGUCUUAGCCGGUAAUAUUAAAAUAGAGACUCAGAGUGAUGAAGAGAAUGGGCGUGCCUGUGAAAUGAAUGGGGAAGAAUGUGCGGAGGAUUUACGAAUGCUUGAUACCUCGGGAGAGAAAAUGAAUGGCUCACACAAUGGCCCAGGCAGCAAAGCUAUGUCAGGAGUUGGAGGCAUUCGACUUCCUAACGGAAAGCUAAAAUGUGAUAUCUGUGGGAUAAUUUGCAUCGGUCCCAAUGUGCUCAUGGUUCACAAACGAAGCCACACUGGAGAACGCCCCUUCCAGUGCAACCAGUGUGGAGCCUCCUUUACACAGAAGGGCAACCUUCUGCGCCACAUAAAGUUGCACUCAGGUGAAAAGCCCUUCAAGUGUCACCUGUGUAACUAUGCCUGCCGUCGCAGGGAUGCCCUAACGGGACACCUGAGGACUCACUCAGUUGGCAAACCCCAUAAGUGUGGAUACUGUGGUCGCAGCUACAAGCAGCGCAGCUCUUUGGAAGAACAUAAAGAACGCUGUCAUAACUACCUGCAAACCAUGAAUAUCUCGAGCAGCCUUUACUCAGUCAUAAAAGACGAAACUAACCAGAGUGAAAUGGCUGAAGACCUGUGCAAGAUAGGGUCAGAAAGAUCCCUCGUGCUGGAUAGACUAGCAAGUAACGUCGCCAAACGUAAGAGCUCUAUGCCUCAGAAAUUUGUGGGUGAGAAAUGUCUGCCUGAUCUUCCAUACGAUGCCACCACCAGCUAUGAGAAGGAGAAUGAGAUAAUGCAGACACACGUUAUCGACCAGGCCAUUAAUAAUGCUAUCAGUUACCUGGGGGCAGAGUCCUUGCGUCCCCUUGUCCAGACACCACCAGGUGGUUCUGAGGUGGUGCCUGUCAUCAGCCCCAUGUAUCAGCUCCACAAACCUCUUGGGGACAAUCAAGCUCGCUCCAACCAUACAGCUCAGGACAGCGCAGUGGAAAACUUGUUGCUGCUUUCCAAAGCCAAAUCUGUCUCCUCCGAACGAGAUGCCUCUCCCAGCAACAGCUGCCAAGACUCAACAGAUACAGAGAGCAAUAAUGAGGAACGCAGUGGUUUAAUUUACCUGACAAACCACAUAGGUCCCCAUGCAAGAAAUGGCAUCUCUAUAAAGGAAGAAAACAGGCAAUAUGAUGUUUUGAGGGCAGGUACUGACAAUUCCCAGGAUGCUUUCAAAGUGAUCAGCAGCAAUGGGGAGCAAGUGAAAGUUUACAAGUGCGAACACUGUCGAGUCCUUUUCCUGGAUCACGUGAUGUAUACGAUCCAUAUGGGCUGCCAUGGGUUCCGUGAUCCUUUUGAAUGCAACAUGUGUGGCUACCAUAGCCAGGACAGGUACGAAUUCUCUUCCCACAUAACUCGAGGGGAGCACCGUUUCCACAUGAGUUAAAACUCGUCCAGCACAGAUCUAGUCUCAACAGCUGCGUUACUGGAGCUGCACAAGCCACGACACCAACAAAGCACAAGUCAGCUCGACAGUAGAAGUACCAAGAGAAUCAAAGGUUCAGCUAUCUUCUCCCACAAGAAGAGAUUUUUCCUUUUGGUAGCAUGCAUUGCAACUCAGUUUUCUAAAAUGAGUUUUAAAGUUUUUACUGAAAAUGUUUGAUCACCAGAAACCUUUAGUAAUGUAAGUAGGAGCUUUUGUAGUCACAUAGCUGAAAGCCCUUCCCUUAACUGAUGCUUCUUGCAAACCUCCCUUGCCAAAACUGUUAGCCAUGCAUAGGAUGCACCAUGCAGAUGAGGACGCAACAGGCAGGAGUGGCCAAGCUUUCUCUCUUAACCCUGAGCGUAGGGUUCUGACACCAGAUGUACGUUUUUUGACUUCCUGGUAUUAUUUGACUCUUUUGGGAAGAUUAAACUUGACUAAAGAUGGAGGGGCCUAUCUCAGACAACUUCACAGACAGCUGGGGUGGGAUGGGACACCCUAGCCAGAGGGUUCUGAGUUGCUUUGGUGGUAAAAAGUAGAAUGUUCCCACCUGCAAGGGUGAUGCUGGUAUUGACAUCAUGGCUUGCCUUGCUUGUGUCACUAGGCAGGUGAGCAGGUAUGUGAAAGAUAGAAGAAACACCCUUGUAAUAUACUCUGUGAUGUAUGAAUUGCAUUUAAUGUAUAGAAAAAGGGUACUGUUGGCUCUCUGAAUAAAUGUUUUCUCUCCCUAUCCAAUGAAACCCCACUUUUCUUUAAGCAACCCCUCCUCUCUCUGCAUAAACAAGUUACAAUGUAUUUAAUUUUUCUUUCUUCCUUUUUAAAGUUUUAGUUAUUUAGAAAAGUAUGAUGUACAGUUGGGAAGAGCACUAGCUAGAAACGUGUGGGGAAAGUCUCCUUAUGCAUAUUUUUCAUCUUUUUUAAACUGCCUGGAAAAUAUCCAAAUGUUCCUCUCUUACAUAUGAAAAAAAGUCCCCUUGCACAGAAGGUGUCCUCUUGUAGAUUUUGUCGCUCUACUUGUAAGUGUUUCACUUAAUCAUUUUUAAAGCACUGUGCUGAAUUAAACCAGCCAGCUCAAAUUUGUUAGCCUUCUCCUUUUUUCCUGGCACUGGCUGUUUAAUGAGGGACCAAGCCCUGUGAAGGUGCUGAGAACCCUGCUUGCUGUUCAACAAAUCAGUUCACCAUGUGCUUUAAGUUACUUUUACUUCAGUGGAACUAAUCUUAAAGUUAAAAAAAUGGUGUUUUGCUGAAUGGAGACCUGAGACUGCAGCACUUUGCAGAGUGGAGUGAAGUCCACCAAGAGCCUUCUCCAUGAUGGGUUCUGCUGCAAAUACUGUAACUUCAGUUAGAAUAAAAACCUCUAUGAUUUAUCCCCAAACACAGCUGAUAUAAAAAAAUACUUUUUUAAAAGCUUCUACUUAACUUCCUCUUCCAAAUAAUUGAUUCCUCUCCCUGAACGCCCUCGUACUUUAAGAUCGGGCAAAAAAGAAAUUUUUGCAGCUGCAUAAAAAUCUGUCAUCAGUGCUGCAAUACUUCCUGGGCAGCAUUUGUAAAAAUACCCCAUCUUAUUAACUUAAUGUAUAAAUACUUCCACUCUGCAUAAUAAAUGGAUAUUCUGCAGUGAACACAAUCCUAUAACCAACAAGACUAGCAGUCUUCUCAUAUAGCUACGUGUUCUCCAUUCACAGGCGCAUGCAAGAACAUAUGUUUAUUAUAAGAGAUUCGAUGGAACCACAAACGCUUGUACCUAGGCCAAUUUGGCCUGAUGUAUGUAGCUAUAUUUGAUAUACAUUUCCUAUAUAUACAUACUAUUACAGGCGCGCAGAGUUCCUCCUUCUGCUUUCACUUUUGCAGGUGUAAGGCAGGAGCAACAACACUGAAGUUAGAGGAAAGAUACUGAUGAAAUAAUGAAUUACAAAUAUAUGCUUUUACAAUCUCAUGUCUUAGCUUUUCAGGCCGACUGUAAGACAGUCACUUCGUAUGACACAUGGGCACAGAGGUGGUUUUACACUGAAAGUGCAUGUGUGCACGCCUAUCUAGUAGCUUUGUCCCCAGAUGGGGAUGCUGUGUAUGAUUGUCCACAGACUGGUGCGUAUACCCACAACACUGAAAACAAAUUACUAGUACAUGUUAGGUACACUGUACAUACUGGAUGGCCAAUGACCCCCCAAAAAUAUGUAAACUGGAGGCCCAAAGGUGAUCUCCUCUACUCCUGCAUUAUAACUCAGUUGCCUUAAGAGACAUUAUUGCCUGUUGCCUUUCGGCCUGAGCCACUGUGCGGGGGGUGGGGAUGAGGAAUUGUCGGGCACUUUCAUGCCCCAGCUACGGUUUUGUUAUCAACGCCUGCUAAACAUUCUGCUUCAAGACAGAAUGUACUUGGCAAUGAGGUAUUACCAAAUAUUUCAUAUAAGAAUGACCUGAAGAGGACCUUCAAGAGGGAGGGAGCUUAUGGUGAUGAAUUUCCUUUAUUUUUAUUUUUUUUAAAAUAAAGUUGAAAUGGGUUCAUUUUUUAGUAGCUGGUAGGGUUACAUUCAGCUGUGCUCAGCCCUCUCCACUUUCAACCGAUACCAGCCAACAAGAGACAAAUUACCCUGAUCUGCUGCAAUGUCCUGUGUGACGUCAGAUGUUUGCUGUAUAGAAACAUUCUGCUUUUAUUGCUCUUGCACCUCUUUCCCACUAUUCUUAGAUUUAGGCCACUGUAUACCCCAAUGCUAUUUAACCCUUCAUUUUAAGACACCCCAAAUUAUAAAGAGGAGGGGGACAGAAGCUUACUCAGGUGGGUUUGUUUCUUUGCUUUUGCUAAAAUGCAACACAAAUAAAGCCACGUUUAUUAACUGUGUAAACAAGAGUAGCUCCAGUGGAGUUUAAGACUGCCUUGAACUUAGCUUUUAAAUGCGAUUUCUGAUCACU